AUGGGGGUGUCGUCAAGUUAUAGCACUGUUAGUGAUAGAUGCAUUCCAUCUUCGAUGACUACUACUUCGUACCACUCAUCUUCCACCUCUCAUCACGACCUCCGUCGUGGUUAUCUUCGUCAACUUUCAAAACACCAACGAAAACAAAAACAUCAUCUUCAGAGUAACAACUGUACUCGACUUCGAGCUUCUUCUUCAUCUUCUUCAUCGAACGAUAGCAAUGAAAUAGACGCGAUGAUAUUCGAGUACGAACCAAUUUAUGAAAAUGAUAUCAAUGAAGAUAGCGUAAACAACAACAGCAGCAACAGUUACGAAGCCGCCGUCGACUUUGAUUUCGAAAGCUUUUUUCUUUCGUCGUCGUCACCAUCAUCAACUAAAGAGGAAGAGGGGGAAAAAAUACUCGAAAAGAUGGAGAGUUUCUACAAGUUUCCACUGGAUGAAUUCCAACGAGAAGCCACUCGCGUGCUCAUUGAUGGUCACUCUUUAGUCGUUAGCGCUCCUACCGGAUCUGGGAAAACACUUAUUGGCGAAACGACCAUCAUGAACGCUUUGAUGAGAGGCAAGAAAGCGAUAUAUACCACCCCUCUGAAAGCUCUGUCUAACCAAAAACUGCGAGAGUUUCAAAAGAUGUUUGGCAAAAGAAAAGUCGGGUUGAAAACUGGCGACGUGGAAGUCAACGCGGAAAAAGCAGAAAUUAUGGUGAUGACGACGGAAAUUUUAAGGAAUAUGUUGUAUUCGAGCGCGGCUGGAGGAGACAUGGAUAAGCGAUUGGAUGACGUAGGGGUGGUUAUUCUCGACGAGGUCCAUUACUUAGGCGACGCGUAUCGAGGGACCGUUUGGGAGGAGACGAUUAUAUAUUGUCCAUCGAAUAUUCAGCUGUUGUGCUUGUCUGCGACGAUUGGAAAUCCGGACGAUUUAUCCGGAUGGAUAGAAGAAGUGCGAAGGAAUGGUGCCGACAACGAAAGAGCCGAAGAAAAUGAAAACGAACAGUUGAAAAGCGUCCAGUGCAAAACGUUAGUUUCGAAUUACCGGCCGGUGCCUCUGAAUUGGUUUUAUUCCAUGAAACCAAACAGAGACUGGCCAGGUUUAGGUUAUUUAUUAAACUCCAGAGGUACGAAAAUGAACGCGGAGCUGUAUCCAUUCACGGAGGAAGGGAUUCAGGAGAGUUCUGCGCGAUACGGCGGCGAACAGGAGAGUUAUUACAACAACUAUGAUAAUAAUAUUAACAGCAGGCGAGAUAACGACCAAAAGUCGAUGCGUCGAAGGCUCGUGCCUCACGUCGAAACCGCCGUAGGCCAAUUGAUUUCUGCAGACAUGCUUCCCGCCGUUUGGUUUAUCUUUUCUCGGAAAGGGUGCGACCAAGCGGUUGACUAUUUGUGCCGCGAUGCGGGCGCCUGCUUGGUCAGUCGCGAGGAGCAACUUGAAAUUACGAAAGAAAUUGACGCUUUCAUUGCUUCCAACAGAGACGCCGUUCGACAAGAAAUGAUUGAGCCUUUGAAAUGCGGCGUCGCAUCCCACCACGCUGGGUUGUUACCAGCUUGGAAAGGUUUAGUCGAAGCGCUUUUUCAAAGAGGAUUGGUGAAAGUAGUCUUUGCUACCGAAACGUUAGCUGCGGGAGUAAAUAUGCCGGCGAGGUGCACGGUAAUGAGCGCGCUGAGUAAACGUGGCGACACUGGUCCACGCACGCUCACGUCCAACGAGUUCUUUCAAAUGGCAGGCAGAGCUGGCCGGAGAGGUUUCGAUGACGUUGGCUACGUCGUUUGCUUACAAUCACCUUUUGAUGGUCCGGAGGACGCGUUUAGUUUGGUUUCCGGCGAGCCGGAGAAUUUGAAAUCGCAAUUCGCCAUCAGUUACGGCAUGGUUUUGAAUCUUUUACGGGGCGAUAAAUCCUUGAAUCAAAUUCGAAGCAUCGUAGAGAAAAGUUUCGGGAACUAUCUCGGUGGUAAAGCGCGUUUGAGUCAAAUGCGAGAGUUGAAUCGCCUCUUGGAUAAGCUCAACGCGUUGAAAGCGCAGGAAAGUAAAAGCGAAAUCAUACAAGAUGGCAUAGACGAAAGUGAAUGGAACAGAUUUGUAAAAUUAGAAGAACGCUUACGCGUAGAGCAAGGAUUAUUAGAGCUUUUAGAAUCGCAAAGUGAAGAAACGAAAGUGGAGAGUAUGCGUGAAGACGUGUGGGAUGCGCUGACGCUCGGAGAGGAAGGGGUGAAAAUGAUCGCAGUCGACGUAGGAUGGCGAGUGGAUCUCGUUGGGCAAUCGUCGGUGAAAGGAACAACUUUUGGAUUAUUGGACGACGGAUCGCUCGUCGUCGAGAAAGAAGAGUCCGUGACAGAGUUCUUUGCGAACGAAGACGUGGACGUGGACGGUAUUUUUGAGAUCGAUUACAUUGCAGAAGAAGAUCCUGACGAGGACGGCGAGAAAGUCUCCCGCGAAACCAUCGAGAGACGGAAACUUCGAGGAUCGCUUCCUGUGCUCGUCGUCAGCGCACAAAGGCCGGAAGAAGCACCUUCUCCGUUGGGGGAGUUCACUGGUCUAGGUGCUGAUGGCAUGUGGUAUCGAUUCGAUGCGCACAAAAUCGUCUCAACGAGUUAUAUCGGCGCUUCCUCGAAUGAAACCAUGCCUUUCACAGAAAUUCGCGAGUCGUGUGGCAAUCCGCCUUCGGAGUCAUCCAUUCGCUGGAGACGUUCGAGCAAGUUAUACCGUGCAAACGGAAACGCGAAGACGAGUGCCGCGGCUGCGAACUUACCGGGAACGUGCGAUGCCUUCUCAAUAUUUGAAGAAGAUGCGGACACCGCGAGUUACCUCGAAGCGCAGAGGAAAAAAAUCGAGGGGAUUCAGAUCGAUCUUGGCGAGUUGAGCAACGUAGGAUUGCUUCGCCGAGAGAUGAAGUUACAAAAGAAAAGAAGAGCAAAGUCUGAUAAGCUGAGCGAGCGCACGCGCAAGUUAGAAGCACGAAUUCGCGAGUAUUCUGCCGCGGGAUGGGACGAUUUCAUGCGCGUCGUGGAUAUUUUAGACCAUCGAAACGCGCUCGUACGAGUAAGAAAGACAAGCGAAAACGACGACGAGGAAAUUGAAAUUCUCACGUUUGGCGAGGUGUGCAUGGCUUUCCGAGGCGAAAACGAACUUUGGAUAGGAACCGUACUCAGCGCCCUGCCGGAAACGAUCUCCGUCACCAGUCUCGCGGGCGUUUGCGGCGCGAUGUCUUCAGAUGCGAAUCGUGCUGUCAACGCGUACUACGGGCCGUCUGAAGAGCUCGACACGAUACUCGCCUCUUUCGUUCCGGACCUCGAAGAUAUUGCCGAUCUUCAAUACGCAUCUCGUAUAGACAACGCUCCGCUCAGCCUUUCGCAAGACCUCGCCGCUUUACUCGAACAGUGGGCGAGCGGGGUGAGUUGGUCGCAGAUUAAGACCGAUACGUCUUUGCAAGAGGGUGAUAUUGCGAGAGUUUUCAAACGCACCGCCGAACUCUUGGCGCAAAUUCCGCGCGCUCCGUAUGUUUCCGAACAACUCAAAAAAACCGCGAAAGAAGCCGAGAGAAUUGUUAAUAGACCGCCAAUCAGUGAUUUGUUGUAA